UGUGCUCAUCCUAAAUCCUCCUAAUCUGCUCGCUCUCUCUGCGUCUCUCUGAGUGAGUCGAAAUGGUGGCAUUAGCAGGUUUCUCAGCCCCUCCGAGGCUGAGCUUUUCAUUGGGUUGUUGCCGCAGUAGUAACUCAACAUCUCUUCCUUCAUUGCCUCUCAGUCUCAGUCUCAGAAAUUCGACGCCGAAGUCCACAGUCUCUGCCUUGCACACUCCGUACGGCGAUUCUUUAGCAACUAGUGGAUUAUCAAGUAGAACUUGUGGGUCACCUCUAAAGCUUGACGGCAACGAUUUUGGUGAUACUAGUACAAGUUAUGGUGCAAUAGAAGCCAAAAAGGGGAAUCCACCCAUACUCCCAGCUGUGAUGACCCCAGGUGGACCAUUGGAUCUCUCAUCUGUAUUAUUCAGGAACCGUAUAAUCUUCAUUGGGCAGCCAGUUACUUCAGCGGUGGCUCAACGAGUCAUAUCCCAGCUUGUGACUUUGGCUACUAUUGAUGAGAAUUCAGAUAUACUGGUGUAUUUGAACUGCCCUGGUGGGAGUACAUACUCUGUUUUGGCAAUUUAUGACUGCAUGUCUUGGAUCAAACCUAAGGUAGGAACAGUAUGUUUCGGAGUAGCUGCAAGCCAAGGAGCACUUCUUCUUGCUGGGGGAGAAAAAGGAAUGCGCUAUGCGAUGCCAAAUGCACGAAUCAUGAUACACCAACCACAGAGUGGUUGUGGGGAAUCUCAAAUCUCAUCGAGCAGUUACAUGAGAGGGAUUUGGAAUGCUCAUGUGGUAUUUUUCUAAUCCCUCCUAAACAUUUUAUGAUCCAUCCUUACCAACUUCGUCUCGAUCCCUUGGGACUUGGAAAUCCCCACCCAAACAUAGCCUAAAUAUUUUUUUCAAUCCUUGCAUUUGCAUCAUUCCACUAAUAUUGCAAGGGCAUAGACGCUGGAACUUGGUUAUUCUAACCUGGCUAGGCAGGUUGGAUUUUAGGAUUAUAGAUUACAUGUAAAACAUUUUUAACAUUUCCACCAUUCCAUAAUGUACACAUUUCAUGUAAAACAUUUUUCUGUAGGUUGAUUCUAGGAUUCAAGGAUUCUAGGUUACAUUUACACUUUUUACAUUUUCAUGAUUCCACAACGCAUGCAUUUAAGAAUAAAUUGGAACGGCUAUGUUAGGUUGGAUCCUAGGAUUCUAUAUUGCAUUUCCAUCAUUCCACUAAUUUUUAGCAAGGACAUGCCAGAAAAUGGAACUUGAUUACAUUUCUUUUCAUUUUAUUUGUACUGAUCAGGAAAAAAGAGUGAAUAUAUAUUUGUUUUGACUUUUAAAUCGAAGUUUGAGUAAAAUGUUUUCAUAUUGUAAAAUCCCUUAGAAUUGUUUAUGCAUUGUGGCCUAAGGAUUCCAUUUUUCUUAUUUUCCAAUUCUGAUUGAUAUUAUUAACCAUGAAGCAUGUUAUUUCUUAGUCCUAGAACUAAUGCCUUUGAAAAUUCUUAAAUGUUCUUUUUGAUCCUUGCAUUUGCUUGAGAUGAUAGAAAAUUUGGUGGCUUCAGUUGGCCCUUAGAUGAUGAUGGAAAUGCUGAGUUUGGUAUUCUCUCAUUAUUGGUUCUCCCAGGUGUUUGAUUAAGUAUGAUGGUCUCAAUACUAAAGGUGUGUUGUGAGUUUGACCAAAAAUUAUCGUACUACCUAAACGUCAAUGUAUUUUUUGGAAGUGUGAAGGUCUACAACAACAACAACAACAAAGCCUUUUCCCACUAAGUGGGGUCGGCUAUAUGAAUCCUAGAACGUCAUUGCGCUCGGUUCUGUGUCAUGUCCACCAUUAGUGGUUGUAUUUGAUCUUUUUAAAUACCUUUGUACUAUGUUACAUCCUUGAACCGUCAAAGGUCUCGGAGUUGACUUUCUGUUGUAAAUGACCUAAUAAUCUCAUAACCGAUUUGUUACUUAAUCUAGUUUUUAUAGUCGUUUUUGUUUCUUGCCCUAUUUUCUCCUGUGCUCAUAACUGCAUGAAUUUUUAUAGUAAUGCAUUAGUUCAUGUCUUUGUGGUCGAUUUUUCCAUGUAUACUGCAACAAAUUGAUAUUGUCUGACACAUUAACGCAAUUAGUUUCAAAUUCUCAGAUUCUUUGUUAAUUAUUUUCCGUAAAAUUAAAAUAAUUUCUUAUAUACAAAUUACUACGUGAUCCGUU